CACUUCCACCAUCCCCAACAGCAUCACCCAUGACAUCACCUUCUUCACUCUUCCCAAACAUACUCUCUUCCCUCGGUUUCCAACAACUCUCCACCGCCGCCACGUCAUCCAAUCUCUCAACUCCCAUCACAAUCUUCGCCCUCACCGACUCAUCUCUCAUCACCUGCCCAACAUGCUCUCUCCCAUUACUCCUUCAAGAACACUCUAUCCCAGGCCUUUAUCCACUUCACUAUCUCCGCUCAUUAGCUUUCGGCACUAAACUCGAAACCCUAGCUCCUAAUCGCUGCUUAACCGUUACUCUCUCCACCACUAAUCUCAACCCUAAAAUCUUCAUCAACGGCGUUGAAAUCACUCAACCUGAUCUAUUCAACAACGGAUUUAUACUCAUACACGGCUUACGUGGCUUUGUUUCACAUCUCUCGCCACUUUCAUGCAAUGUUGAACGAAUGAAUUCAUUAUCAUUUGAUUCGUUUACGUUUACUCCUCCUAUAUCUUCGGUAUCUUCUAUAAUGCGGUUCAUGUUAAAGGAUGCGAUUAUUAGGUUACGUAACAACGGUUACAGUAUUGUAGCGUUAGCGUUAAGAGUUAAGUACGCUGAGCUUUCUGAGCUUAAAUCAAUGACGAUAUUUGCUUUAGAUGAUGUAUCGAUUUUCGCUAAUGGUGGACAUGCGUAUUUAACGAAUUUUAGGUUUCAUGUUGUGCCUAAUAAGAGGAUUAUGGCUGGGGAAAUGGUGAGUUUUACCUCGGGAAAUGUGUUGCCGACGUUAGAUGGAGAUGAGAAAUUGGUUGUAACUACUGCUGGUGGUGGAGGUGUGUUAGCUCCAAUGAAGAUUAAUUACGUGAGGAUUGUGCGUUUUGAUUUGCUUCAUAAUAGUAGGAUUGUUGUUCAUGGUAUAUCUGUUCCGUUUCCUCAUAUGCAUCAUCAAAUUAGUGAUGAUCAUAAAGGAUUUGUUGAUCAGAUGGAACAGCCACAGUCACAAGGGCAGUGUGAUGUUACUGGAAUUGGUGGAGUUUGUGACGUCAUUCAUGAGGGUUUUGCCCCAGCUGGCAUGGUGAUGGGGAAUAUUCAUGAAGAGCAUAUUGAAGGUCUUUGAAAUUACUUGAGUAGUGUUUUGUUGACUAAAUAGUAUGAACCUGUUAGAGUUAAUAAUUGAAUUUCACUUGAUCAUUCUUCUGAUUGUAAUUGCUUCUUCUCGUGCAAGUUACUUGAGUUCCGUUAUCUUUUGUAAAAUGAGGUUACCAUUUCUGAUAUGAAGAGCAUUUGUU